UCCUUAGCUAAGGGAAUUGACGUCAUCGCUCUGGAGUAGUUAACUUGCGGCACCGCCUAUAACCGAGUCGAGGAACUUUUUCCUUUCUCCUUUUUUCACCUUGGUACACCUGUGGGGACUUUUCCUGUGUUAUACCUUUGGAAAGGUUGUGUUUUUGUUUGGAGGUGUGCUUUGUUGUGGUGCCAAAUCUGAUGCUGUUCAAUUAACCAGAAAAUUACAUUUUUCAGUUAAGGUUGCUGAACUAGUUUGGAUUUUGUUCAUUUGUGCACAUGAGUGUUCAGAGGCUGCAGAAAUUACAGGGGCAUAUUGUGUCGGCAAGUAAAAGUGCAGCCAUGGCAGGCCCCAGCAGCCCCCUGACCACUCAUGUCCUGAACACAGCAAUGGGUGUCCCCGGGUCCAACAUGGCCCUCAGUCUCUCUCGGCAGGACCCCUCUACUGCUGCCUGGAGUCUGAUCACCACUGGGACAACGAAUGCUGAUGGACGCUGCCCAGGACUCCUCACCAGGGAAAUGUUUACAGUUGGUGUGUACAGAAUGCGUUUUGAGACGGCUCAGUACUGGGAGAGUCUGGGAGAAACUUGCUUUUAUCCAUAUGUCGAGAUUGUCUUCACCAUAAAUGACCCCAGCCAGAAGUUCCACGUUCCUCUGCUCCUGAGUCGGUUCUCCUACAGCACAUACAGAGGGAGCUAGAGGUCAAGUGUCAUGACCUCUGCAAGGCUACCUCCUCCCUGUUAGCUGUACCUCAGAGGCAAACAGGCAACUGCCCCACCAGCAUAAUCUACUGACAACAAAUAAUACUGUGUAUCUGAGAUGAUUUUGUUAUAUCACAAUCAAAAUAAUGUUAUAUUUACUCAACUUAUAUACUUCAGUUUCAGUAGCAUUCCUGUAAUCUCUUCUCCAAGCAUUGUGGAAAUGUAUUUCAAUAUGUGAACCAUAAUAGUUAAUUUUUAAAUGUGUUACUUUUCAAGAUUCAGUCAAAAUAUUUUGUCCUCAUUCUUAUGUGCCUCCAAGUAAUCCAUGUUUUUUAAAUGUUUUUUUCCAAAGACAUCUGCAACUGAAUGUACACUAACAUUGUUACAAGACAAUAUAUGUCCAC